AUGUACCUUUUUCUUGAUCCUUCAGAUGCAUCUUCAUCCAAUGAGGCGGUUCACCUGCAGCAGCGACUCAAGAGCCUGAGUACCGAACUGGUGACCCUUCGGAAUCGCCUGCAUGUUGGCCAAGGUCAGGGUCAGGGUCAGGGACAGAGUCCGGGCCAUAAUCAGGGCCAGGGCAAUGGAUCACAAUCCCAUGGCUCACCUGGCGGCAACAACUCGUGCCCCAAGGCGAGUAACUUUGAUCUUAAUGCCUCAAGUCCCAACCUAAAUCUCAGCUCCAGCGGAGGAGGACUCUCAGCCAGUGCCCUGCAACAACACACAAAUGGACAGCAUACGGCAUCGAAGAAUCACAACUUCAGCCAGACGCUGCCAUCGAACUCUGGCUCCGGGGCUGGUGUCGGAGCUGUGGUGUCGGCCAGGAACACCUCCAUUCCGCACCCACUUCCGCACCAGCUGGGCGAGAAAUCUGGCCUGUCGCACCAGCAGAGCGCCAACGGACGUGGCCCGUCCUCCGGGACCCUGCCCCACGGGAGCAGCAUGGGAAGCAUUAUGGGGCUGAGUUCCCAUGCCCAUUCCCAUUCGCAAACACCAGGCGCUGCCCACUCCAACAGCAAUUCCAAUUCCAACACGCUGCCCAUGCGCUCCUCAAACACCGGACACCUGAGUGCCACCAAUGGUGGAAUUGGCCAGCACGCCCUCAGCCAUGCCCAUAGCCAGCAGCUGCCGUUCAUCCCACAGCCGAAGCACGCCAAUCCCUGCCAGAGUGUGAAGACGCUGCCCUUUGGCUUUGGUUUCUCUGGUGGCCAGCAGAGGCUUCAGCAGCCGACCAGUCCCCUGCCCAAGGACAUGCAGGAUCUGAUCCAUCUGACUGGACCACUCACCGAGCACGCCGUGAUGCGGACGCUGCAGGCGCGCUUCAACGAGCAGCGAUACUUUACAAACGUUGGUCCGAUUCUGCUCUCCAUUAAUCCCUACCUGGAUGUGGGCAAUCCCCUGACACUCACAUCCACUCGGACCCUGCCGCUGGCCCCCCAGCUGCAGAAGAUCGUCCAGGAGGCAGUGCGUCAGCAGAGCGAAACGGGCUAUCCGCAGGCCAUCAUUCUCUCGGGCACUUCGGGAGCUGGAAAGACGGCCAAUGCGAUGCUGAUGCUGCGCCAACUGUUUGCCAUCGCUGGCGGAGGACCAGAGACGGAUGCCUUUAAGCAUUUGGCCGCUGCCUUUACGGUGCUGCGAUCCCUGGGAUCUGCAAAGACCACCACCAAUUCGGAAUCCAGUCGCAUCGGGCAGUUCAUCGAAGUGCAGGUGACGGAUGGAGCAUUGUACCGCACUAAGAUCCACUGCUACUUCCUCGACCAGACGCGGGUCAUUCGGCCGCUGCCCAAGGAGAAAAACUACCACAUUUUCUAUCAGAUGCUGGCGGGAUUGAACCGGGAGGAGCGUCAGAAGUUGCAUCUGGAGGGAUAUUCGCCUGCCAAUUUGCGGUAUCUGCGCGGUGACUUUGCCCAGAAUGAGCAGGAGGAUGCAAUACGCUUCCAGGCGUGGAAAACUUGCCUGGGCAUCUUAGGCAUUCCCUUUCUGGAUGUUGUGCGAGUCCUGGCCGCUGUCCUGCCUGGAAAUGUUCAGUUCAUCGAUAGCGGGGGCCUCGAGGUGGACGUCAAGGGAGAGACGGAGCUAAAUUCUGUAUCCAGUUUGCUGGGCGUACCACCUGCCGCCCUCUUCCGCGGCCUCACCACCCGCACCCACAAUGUGCGCGGCCAGCUUGUGAAGUCCGUGUGCGGUGAUGGGGAUGCCAACAUGACGCGAGACUGCCUGGCAAAGGCUCUUUAUUGCCGCACAGUGGCCACCAUUGUGCGCAGAGCCAACAGCCUGAAGCGGCUGGGAUCCACACUGGGCACCUUGAGCUCGGACUCCAACGAGUCGGUGCACAACCAGGCGGAUGCUGCCUCACAACACGCCUCCACAAUUGGCGGCGGCAAUGCAGGCUCCAAGUCGAUGGCUGCUCUCAACAAUGCGGUGCGUCAUGCCACCGAUGGCUUCAUUGGGAUCCUGGACAUGUUCGGGUUCGAGGAGCCAUCGCCACACGCCCAUCUGGAGCAUCUGUGCAUCAACCUGUGUGCCGAGACCAUGCAACACUUUUACAACACGCACAUCUUCAAGUCUUCGGUGGAGUCCUGCCGAGACGAAGGCAUCGUUUGCGACACCGAGGUGGACUAUGUGGACAAUGUGCCCUGCAUCGAUCUGAUUUCGUCCCUGCGAACGGGUCUCCUCAGCAUGCUGGACGCGGAGUGUUCGGUGCGAGGUACCGCCGAGAGCUACGUGGCCAAGUUGAAGGUGCAACAUCGCUGCUCCAGCCGCCUGGAAACAAAGCCCACCGCCGAGCCGCACGAUCCACGCAUGUUCCUCAUCCGUCACUUUGCCGGCCGCGUGGAGUACGACACCACGGACUUUCUGGACACGAAUCGCGACGUGGUGCCAGAUGAUCUGGUGGCGGUGUUCUACAAGCACACCUGCAACUUUGGCUUUGCUACCCAUCUCUUUGGCUCGGAGCUGAAGGCUCUGUAUGCCCAGCAGCAGGCGCCGCGUGGCCUCAGUUUUCGCAUCUCGCCCACCUCCCACUCGGAUCUGCUGAAUGGGGACGAGCCGGUGUCCACGCUGACCCAAGACUUUCACACCAGGCUGGACAACCUGCUGCGGACCUUGGUGCAUGCCAGGCCCCACUUUGUGCGCUGCAUACGGAGCAAUGGAUCCGAGGCGGCCGGCAGCUUCGACCGGGCCACAGUGGUGCGUCAGAUCCGAUCCCUGCAGGUCCUGGAGACGGUGAACUUGAUGGCCAGUGGUUUUCCCCAUCGCAUGCGCUUCAAACAAUUCAAUGCCCGUUACCGGAUGCUGGCUCCAUUCCGUUCCCUGCGCCGCAGUGAGGACAAGGCCUUGGAGGACUGCCAGCUGAUCCUGCAGUAUGCCAUGGAGCAGCCUCCCGUACUGGAUGGAUCGGUGACACUGGCCUGGGCUCCCGGCAAGCGUCAUGUCUUCCUCAGCGAAGGCAUUCGCCAGCAUCUGGAGCAUCUGCGCACGGAGAUCCGGCACAAGAGCGCCACCCUGAUGCAGGCCACCUGGCGGGGCUGGUGGUGGCGCAAGAAGGUCGGCAGUGGUAGCCUGAAGCGUAUCCGAGCAAGUCACCAUCAGCCACAGCCGACAGCCAGUGUUCCGCUGGCGGGUAACAAGCCGGGCAAUGGCCACACCUCCGCAUCUCAGAGCAAGGCCGCAUCCUCCACAAUGGCCGCCCUGGCAGCAGUAGCAGCUGCUGCUCCCACGACAGUGCCUCGCCUUUCGGCCAAGUCCACAAACUUAGGAAUUGGCGGUACUGUGACCAGGCCCAGACCACAACCCAUUGCAGGGACUCCACCGCCGGAUCCUCAUGAGAAGUGCGACCAGAAGAUCAUACAACAGACCUGCAGUCUUUUCGGACUAGAUUUGGAACGACCGCCGCCGGUGCCCGCCUCCCGCUCCUACACUAUAAGCGGUAACUCAAAGCUCGGCUAUCCACAGAGUCGCGUCAUGAAGAUGAACUUCCCCGAGGAGGGCCAGGCGGAGACACAGCAACUAAAGAAAGGCGAGGCGGUGACCGUGGUGGGUGCAUCCACUGGUCGUGGUCAUUUGCUGGUGGAGCACAGGGGCCAGAGUUACCACGUACCCUUCCAGUACAUGGAGCUGAUGAGUUCCGGCAGCGGCAAUGGCAGUACUGCUCCGACGGCGGCGAUUCCGACAGGCCAGGGAACUGGCGUUAAGAUUUAAAGAUGGCUCCGGACGGAUGCCAAUCCCUUAUGCUCCAAGACUGUAUAUAAAUAUCCCCAUCAUUAACGCAUGCAAGCCAGAUUUACGUAGUAUUAUUCAUGUGUUUAAAAGAUAAACGCCAAUCCAUAGGUUGUAAUACAAAUACACACCCACAAGUGCCAAUCCAAUAAGUUCUUCCAUCUAUAUCAUAAUUAUUAUACACGUUACGGAUACAAACUAUUUUAUAUAAACUGGAUAAUUUUCCAUGCUCUGAGUAAUUAUUACUAAAUGUAGAACAAGACAAAGUGUGCCUUGGCAUAACAUAAUAUUUUUCAGAAUCACAUUUUGUACUUUGUUAUUCUAAGAGUUCAUUAAUUCAUUCAAAUAAACGAGCAUGCAUUGAAACG